AUGAGCUGUAAGGACUACCAGCUUCAAAGAAAUCCACCUCCUACUUUGCUACAUCCUGAAAAAUGGUGCAGAGGAUUCAACCAUUUCAUUUCGCAGCAUGAACGAAUACACACUAGAAGACCUUACCAUGUGGAUGGAGCUGACAAGUACUCUCUAGAUGAUGAUCUGGUAAACCUAGAAGUUCUAGAUGAGGAUACAAUUAUCCAUCAGCUGCAGAAACGCUAUGCUGACUUACAAAUUUAUACAUAUGUUGGAGACAUUUUAAUAGCCUUAAACCCCUUCCAGAACCUCAGCAUUUAUUCUCCCCAGUUCUCUAAGCUUUACCAUGGUGUGAAGCGUUCAUCAAAUCCCCCCCACAUAUUUGCAUCUGCGGAUGCUGCCUACCAAAGUAUGGUUACAUUCAGCAAAGAUCAGUGCAUUGUCAUCAGUGGGGAAAGUGGUGCUGGAAAGACAGAAAGUGCCCAUCUGAUCGUCCAACAUUUGACCUUCUUGGGAAAGGCAAAUAACCGUGCUUUGCGUGAGAAAAUUCUUCAGGUAAAUCCUCUGGUUGAAGCAUUUGGAAACGCCUGCACUGCCAUCAAUGACAACUCAAGUCGCUUUGGAAAAUAUCUGGAAAUGAUGUUUACACCCACAGGAGCUGUAAUGGGGGCAAAGAUUUCUGAGUAUCUACUUGAAAAAUCAAGGGUCAUAAAACAGGCUGUGGGAGAGAAAAAUUUCCAUAUCUUUUAUUACAUUUAUGCUGGCCUUUAUAAUCAAAAGAAGCUUUCUGAAUAUAGACUUCCUGAUAAAAAGCCUCCUAGAUAUAUUGAUAAUGAAACUGGAAAAGUAAUGCAUGAUAUCAUUACUAAAGAUUCCUAUGGAAGACAAUUUGAAGCAAUUCAGCAUUGCUUUAGAAUUAUAGGAUUCACUGAUGAGGAAGUGUACUCAGUGUACAGAAUUCUGACUGGAAUUCUAAAUACUGGAAAUAUUGAGUUUGCUGCCAUUUCUUCACAACACCAAACAGAUAAAAGUGAAGUUCCCAACCCAGAAGCCUUAGAUAAUGCUGCUGCACUGCUAAGUAUUGGGUCAGAAGAACUUCAAGAGGCUCUAACCUCCCACUGUGUUGUAACACGAGGGGAGACGAUUAUCCGAACAAACACCGUGGACAAAGCAGCUGACGUGCGAGAUGCCAUGUCUAAAGCACUUUAUGGCCGCCUCUUCAGCUGGAUCGUAAAUCGCAUUAAUACGCUGCUGCAGCCAGAUAAAAAUAUAUGCAAUACUGAAAAUGGGAUGAAUAUUGGGAUACUAGACAUAUUUGGAUUUGAGAACUUCGCAAGAAAUUCCUUUGAACAGCUCUGCAUAAAUAUCGCUAAUGAACAGAUUCAGUUUUAUUUCAAUCAACAUAUCUUUGCACUUGAGCAGAUGGAAUAUCAGAGUGAGGGAAUUGAUGCUACCGCAGUAGAGUAUGAAGACAACCGUCCACUUCUAGAUAUGUUUCUCCAGAAACCCAUGGGUCUCCUGUCUCUACUAGAUGAAGAAAGUCGAUUUCCUCAGGCAACAGAUCUAACUUUAGUUGAUAAAUUUGAAGGCAAUUUACGAUGCAAAUACUUUUGGAGACCAAAAGGAGUAGAAUUGUCGUUUGGUAUUCAGCACUAUGCUGGAAAGGUAUUAUACGAUGCCAGUGCAUUCCUUGAGAAGAAUAGAGACACACUUCCUGCUGACAUAGUGGUGGUCUUGCGAACUUCAGAGAACAAACUUCUUCAGCAGCUGUUCUCUAGCCCAUUAACAAAGACAGGCAAUUUGACUCACUACAAAAAUACAAGUAAGAACGUUUUGAAUUACCACAAACGAAAGACAGAGAAGAAUCUUUUUGUCUUCCAGGUUGACACAAUGGAGGUUAUGCGGCAUCCUGAAGAAACAACUAACAUGAAGCGGCAGACUAUGGCUUCCUAUUUUAGGUAUUCCCUCAUGGAUCUUUUAUCCAAAAUGGUUGUUGGACAGCCUCACUUUGUUCGCUGCAUUAAACCUAAUGAUGAUCGAGAAGCACUGAUGUUUUCUCAUGAGAGAGUUCUACUGCAGCUACGAUACACUGGAAUUCUGGAAACUGUCAAAAUACGUCAAAAAGGGUAUUCUCAUCGGAUCCUCUUUGAUGAGUUUGUGAAAAGGUAUUACUACCUUGCAUUCAAGGCACAUGAAACUCCCCUUGGUAGCAGAGAAAACUGUCUUGCCAUUUUGGAGAAAUCUAAACUAGACAACUGGAUUCUUGGGAAAACCAAGGUUUUUCUAAAGUAUUACCAUAUAGAACAGUUGAAUUUGUUCCUGAGAGAAGUUAUAGGAAGGGUCGUGGUCAUGCAAGCCUAUAUCAAGGGAUGGCUUGGAGCAAGGAGGUACAAGAAAGUCAAAGAGAAAAGAGAAAAUAGUGCUGUUACCAUACAGUCAGCCUGGAGAGGAUAUGAAGCUCGCAGGAAGUACAAGGAAAUAAGGAACAGAAGAACUGAUGCUGCUAUACAUAUUCAAGCAGCUUUCAGGGGGUACAUUGCUCGUAAAAACUACACAAGAUUGAAAAACAGCCCUGGUUACGUGGCAGAUCCUCAGCUUAAGAGCAGCUGUUCUACUUCUGAAUUUGGCUGUGAAGAGCACUGGCAGCAAACCAGUAACCAGUCUUCUCCUGUGGUGCCUGAUUUUCCUGACAAACAAACAAAAAAGAAUGAUUUGGAUGAGAUUUCUGCUUCUCCAUUUAUUCAAAGACAUUCGUUCAAAAUGAAUGUUUCACAAUCAAUUAGCCAGCCCUGGUCAGUUGCAGAGCAUCAGUUGUCAAGUCCCUUGAGAUCCCAUAAGAAAGGAGGUUCAGAAAACUGUCUUGAACAGAAGCUGAGAACACCUCGUCGACGAUGUCAGCAGCCCAAAAUGCUGAAUAGCCCUGAGGACAACAUGUACUAUAACCAGUUAAAUGGAACUCUAGAAUAUCAAGGGAGCAAGAGGAAGCCAAGAAAACUUGGCCAAAUCAAAGUGCUGGAUGGUGAGGAUGAGUAUUACAAAUCAUUGUCAGCUGUUGAAUCUACCCCUGAACAUGACAGCUUCCUUUGUACCCCAUCUCCUCCUUCUUCAAGACGUGUAUCUUUUGCUCAAAGCUGAACCUUACUUACUCUAUUGACUAACACUGGUAAGAGAAUUUUCGUGCUUGUAUCUCUUCCAAUUAACUUUGUACAUGUGUGUUUUUAUAAGAUAUAAUAAAACACAAUUUCAGCUAGUAACUUUCUCUCACUAAUUUAGACCUGGUUUUGCAGCUGUAAUUUGUCCCAUUUAGCUGAGUUUCUGUAAGCAACUCCAAGUAAAGGGGAGCAGCACUUCCUUACCUGUAUGUGUUGAUGUUGCUAACAGAUACAAUUCUUCAGCAGCAAGGUUAGUUUACACAGUUCCCACCCCUUCUUCCCUGCUCCCCCGGCUGCUGUUCCCACCCUGUGCCAUCCCUUCUGUUGUGCUGGCACAACUGCUGGUAGAGCUGUGUGAAGAAUAAGAUCAAGGAAUUUACUGAACUGGAUUAAAAGAACUCUGUACUAAAAAUUUUCAUUGGGGGUCAUAGUGAAAAUGUUUUGUAUUUCAUUAGACCGAUAUUAACCAUCCUUUAUAACUUUCUGUGCUGUGUAUGG